AUGAAGUUACACUUCCGGGGUGGCUUCGUGUUUCUAAGCUACCUUGUCUCUUGCAUUGGAGCGGCUCUAACACUCGAGCUACUCAACCGUCGAACUUCCCGGAAUGGCUUAUCCAACCAUCUCAUACUUGUCAGUUCUGCAGUGGCUAUGGGUGGGAUAUCAAUAUGGUGUAUGCAUUUUGUCGGCAAUCAUGCGAUAACACUAGACGAGGGCGAGCCUAAACUCUGUAUCAAUUAUUCUAGCCGCUACUCCGCACUCUCCUUCUUCUUGCCAGUAAUUGUGCUCUUGGUGGCUUUCGUAGCCAUUGGCGCGAACUUCAAGGUUUCCGGGUGGCGAAUAUGCUGCGGAAGCGUGCUUGCUGGCGGUAGUAUUUGCGGGAUGCAUUACUUGGGUAACGCUUCUAUCACCAACUACGACUGCAUAUAUGGCAAGGUGUUUAUUGCGGGGGCAGCAGUCAUCGCUGUGGUUGACAGUAUCAUGGCCCUAUCACUGUUCUUCGUCUGUAGAGCGUCCUGGAAGAAUUCGUGGCAGAAAAGAGUGCUAUCUGCACAUUUGUUGGCUGGUGCCGUGUCUGGAAUGUACUGGGUUGCGGCUGUCGGUACAAAUUAUCGCUUGAAACAUACGAAUAGCAACCCUCAACUUUCUCAGAGUCAGGCCAUCAUAAUCGUCAUAUGCCUGUUAAUCCCCGCAGCCUUUUUCAUGGCAGGAUCCAUCAUUUACGCAACACGCGUCACGAGACGAAAUGCGAGCAAGGCCCAACACAUUGUCUUGGCGGCCGCGGUGUUCGAUAAGUCGGGGAGGAUAUUAGUGAGCUCAGACGGCUUGCUACCUAGCGAGAAGAUUACGGACGCUUAUGUGGAGAAGACCCAAGGCGACACAUUCGGUAUUUCUCAUCCUCUUUUCCAUUGGAUGUUCCAGGUCUCUCGAGAUUGGAACAGCGUGGUCGGUAUGGUUGGUGGCAUGGCUAAACACCUGGCGCGUUUGCCUAAGGGUCCUCGCGAUACCAAGAUCCGCCUCGUUGACGACGAGGGCAAACUAAUCGAGAAUUAUGACACCAUAUUUCGUGAACUAUUCUGCGUCGCAGCCAUGAAUUUAGCAAACAAGUUAAAAGAGAAGCUCGUUGACGUCGGUAUCUUAUGGGAUGAAAUCCUAGCCACCGGGGUCGACGAGCUACCUCAUAAACCCAACUACAGCAUUGCGAACAUGCUAGAAAAGGGCGGCUAUAGCGCAUAUAGUAGGGCACAUGGCCUUCGGGCCAGGCUACACCAGGAAUAUGGACAUGGCUCGUUGAUGUUCUUGGUCCGCCAUCUCGAGCAUUCUGAUGAAGUGGAUCGACUGGAGGCCACUGGCUUCCGGUUUGCAGAGCCUCAUCAGGUGUGCGGGAUUAUUGGAUCCCGCAUGAAGAUAAAGAGUAGGGACCUUAAGGGGAAGUUAAGAAGCAUGGCGAUAUUAGCCGAAGGCAGCGCUGUGUUGGACCGUGGCGUACAUAUCGGCUUCUUCGGCAUUAAGGCUCGCGUAGGAAGUUUUGGUUUCGACAUCGUUGUGAAGAAGGGCGCUCGAAAUUUGCUUCCUACUAUGCCAGUGCCGCUUGAACGUCUGAAGUCAUGGCAGAUGGAUGUUAUUCGUCGGUUUGAUAAAAUGGAUGUCCCUGUUCUGUUCCAAAGUCUCAACGCGCUGAAGAAGCUCUCUCCUCGAGAGGUAUUGUUUGCUUCGCAGCUGUCUGACGCUCUCCAAUCCCUUCGCGCUUGGGUAGAUGAUCCCGUUUUCAAUGAAGCUGUAUUGACUUCUAGGGUGGUCCAAGUCCCUUGCAGAGCUCGAGCUGGGUUAAGCUCGGAAUCCUGCACAAUGAUUGCUCUGUGCAUCAUGAUGCCGAUUCACGCCAGCGCCAGUAACCCUAUGUGCGAAUUCAUACCCUUGAAUUUCUUUAAGAUUCAUCAGAUGGCAUAUAAGAAUUCACCUUAUCUCGCCGCAUUUACACGGUACGUGCAUCGGGAACUAUCCCCGACCGUAAAUGCAGUGCCGAUCAAUAAGCCACUUGCGACAUCCCAACAAGCCGGGCGAGCCAUAUUCUGGCGGAAUCGCUUGGGUUCGUUGCGUCGUUUUAUACGGUCGAAAACCAAUGACUAUGCCAUGGUUGAAGAUGACCGCUCAACACCGACGGGAUUGAUGCGAAGGUCUUUUAACUAUGAAUCAGAUGUUUGCAGUUCUACGGUGAAGCGGUGCAGUCGGGAUUUCCCUGAUCGUCAUAAGUCGUGGAAUGAUACGAUAUCUGACAAAGCGGUGGUGCAGCAAUCCUCCUCUUUCGGAGGCAUCAUGGUGUCACAGGAGAUCCAGGUAGAUAUAAUACAGAUCGACGAUGUUCGUGGUAGCGGUGCGUUUGCUCCGUCGAAAUCUCCUGUCAGCGCGGACAGCGUAACGGUGGUCAAAGCCGGAGCAGGCUCUGACUUUAGGACGUCUCUAUCUAGAGUAAAAGAAGACAUUCACGCCGUGGCCGGGCGCGAGAAAGUCAACAAAGCGAUUACAUUUGUUGACGAACUAUUCGCUAUUUGUGUUGAUGGCUAA